AAGAAGAAUGUGUAAAGUCAGUGAGACAGGUGUGGCUCGCUUACUGCUGUUGCUGGAGAGGGAAUCCACCUCCUAACCUCUGCGUUAACACUGGACGGCGGGACAGUACGUGUCAGCUGCACUUCCACUGGAGAAACAUCGUACAGCUGCAGUGAGACAGGAUGGAGUCGUCUACAGUGAACCUGUACAACCAGUUCCAGAGUCUCAGGGCUCAGGUGGACGGCCUGAAUGAGGGCAUUGAACCACAGUUCCUACAGAUGGCAAUGAACUUUGAGGAUUGCCGUAAGAAGUGGCUGCGGGCGGGCGACGAGCUGGUUUCCUGUCAAGAAAUAUUGGCAAAAGCGGAGACUGAGAGGGGAGCGCUGGAGGUCAAACUAAAGCACGCUCGCAACCAGGUGGACGUGGAGAUCCGCCGGCGGCAGAAGGCUGAGACACUCUAUGAGAAGCUGGAACGUCAGCUGCAGUUGAUCAGGGAGCUGCUAAUAUCAGACAACGGUAACAGUGUCCUCCUGAGCGAGGAGCAGCGCUCUGCCCUAGCCUUUCUCAGCGCUCACUCCCAGGCUUCACAGGCUGCUAAAGGCAACCUCAACUCCAGCCGAAGGUUAACUAGGAUCGAUGAAUCGGCUUCUUUGCUAUCGGACAUUAGCUACGACCAAACGGAUGACUCUCUGGACUGGGACUCCUCUGUGAUGAAGAAUGUGAGACUGCAGAAACGGCAGAAGCGACGCUCCUCCAGAAAACUCGCUGAAGUUCCUCCACAGGCUUUAAAGAAACGUCGCUCCACUGGACGCACACCAGAAAGGAUGAAUGAGUCUAUUGUGGCCAAAACUACCAUCACUGUGCCCGUGAAUGGUGGCACUGUUGAGACUGUCUCCACCAUCGAAACUGUGCCCUACUGGACACGCAGCAGAAAGAAAAGUGUUGCUCCAGCAUGGGCUGAUACAACCACUACUGACCAAUCUGAGACCGCCAGCGAGGCUCCCAGCACAACUGUGUCAGAUUUCCCAGCAUCACUCCAAACUCCAAAAUCUAAAGGAGGAAAGAAGCACCAGUUCAUCCCUAAAACAGUGAUCAGGUCUGAAUUCUGUGCGCCCUGUGGAAGAAGAACAAAGUUUGGAAAGAUUUACCUUCGCUGUCAGGAUUGCAGGGUUGUGACUCAUCCAGAAUGUCGUGACCGCUGUCCCCUGCCCUGUAACCCCACAUCUGUUAGCACUCCCAUGUAUAACACAGAGUCCACCCUGGCUGACUUUGCUCCAGCCACAUCCCCAAAGAUCCCAGCUUUGGUUAUCUACUGCAUUAAGGAGAUUGAACACAGAGGCCUACAUGAGGUUGGCCUGUACAGACUCUCUGGCAACGAGCGCUUGGUGAAAGAGCUGAAGGAGAAGAUGAUUAGAGGAAAGACUCUGCCUCGGCUUAACAAAGUAGAAGACAUCAACGUUAUUACAGGUGUCCUCAAAGACUUCCUCAGAAACCUCCCUGAGCCACUGCUCACCUGCCACCUCAACAAAACUUUCAUGGAAGCAGCAGAAAUCCAGGAUGAUGGCAACAGUCUGGCAAUGUUGUACCAUACGAUAAGUGAGCUGCCUCAACCCAACCGAGACACUCUGGCCUGCAUGAUGAUUCACCUGCAAAAGGUGUCGCAGUAUGUGGAUAACAAAAUGGAUGUGCGCAACCUGGCCAGGGUCUUUGGCCCAACCCUCGUGGGUCAUGCUGUUCCCAACCCAGACCCCAUGACCAUCCUGAAUGACACAAGUAGACAACCAAAGGUGAUAGAGCGUUUGCUCAGUAUUCCAGAAAGCUACUGGAGCCAGUUUGCCCUUCCAGAUAAUACAGCCAUGGACAACAAUCACCAGUUUGAAACUCCAGACCACCAAGUGAGCAUAUUGGGACCAGUGACCACUCCAGAGCACCAGAUGAUGGUUAAAACACCAUCUUCUAGCUCGCUGUCCCAGCGCAUGAAGCAGACCCUCUCCAGCACCUCCUUAUUUGGGAGCAAGGGCAGAUCAACAGCUGCCUGUACCCGCCAGGGGAACUUCUUCUCUUCUCCACAGCUCAAGUAAUGAAGGGUAAAAGAUAAAAAAAAAAAGAUGCUGACCCAUGUUGUAUUUUUUUACCUACUGCAAUAACAAAAUGUAUAAUGACGUAAUCAUGUGGGAAAACUACUGUGCAAUUUUAGCAUGCAAAAAAACAAUGAUUUUUUUAUUGAAUUGUUCUAACCUCAUGGCCAUAUGUUUUAUUUUUUUCUGUGGAAAGAAUUCCUGCAUGAUUUUAAAGUUUGUUUUUUUAUAUCUUGUGACUACUAACGAUUUAUUAUUGACCAAAACUGGUCACAUGUAUGUGAUGUUGAGGUUUAACUCUUAACCCAAUUUAAUGAUCGUUAUUUUCUAAUAACACUUGGCAUUGAUGUUCCUAAGAUAUUUGAUCAUAGGUGUUCAUCCAUCUUUGAAUCUGUGGUUGUAACCACGGUGACAGGGAUGAGAAGGCACAAAAAAAUCAUAUUGUUGGCCAGUGUCUUUUUGGCUUUACUUAUGUUGUUGUCUUGGAAACUGACACAAGUUUCCUGAUUUUAUCAUUUUGUGUUAUGUAUGUUGAUUGUGUGGCGUGAAAUAACAAUCAUGAAUUUUCUACUUUAACAAUACUGCAUUGUAAACACUGAUAUUGAAUGGGAAGAACGUUGCUUUUUGCACUGUCUGAAUGUACGUUAACAAUCUGAGUAUUUUCUACCUAGAGGUACAGCACACUAGAGGCUGCUGUUGCACCACUUUUAUUAUGCAAACCUUAACCAAAGAAGAAAAUCUGAGACAUCUGUGUACUCAUCACAAAAUAAAGUUUCUUCAGCCUGUUCACUUCCUGUUGAGGAUUUGUAUCCACAAUAGUUUUGUGGGGUGACAUGUCAAUUAACACACUGGAGAUAAUGUCUUCUCGCUGUCCCUUUGACAAACUCUCCCUAUAUGUGGGUAAAUUUGUAUGUUAAAACCAAAUCUAGUGCCAGUCAGAAAUAUGGAUAAUUUUGGGUUGUCGGAUCCUUUAACACAGCUUUGUUCUAUAUUUAUUUUAUACAUCCUUAUACAAUAUUUCCAUUAUAUUGUCUGUCUAAUGAAAUACU